UGUUCAGUGUGGAUACGAAUAUUUUGCUCAACAAGUGAUAUAUUACGAAAACGCGCGUUAGCUCCACGCGGUACGAUUUCCGCAGACCGGAAACGCGGGAGCGAAUCGAUUGUUUAAAACAUAAUUCAAAAAUUAACUUCAGUGUUGUGCUCGAUAAACAGUGAGAAAAAAUGAGCGACCUCAGCAAGAACGAUAUCGAUAGGGCCACAUUCGCCUUCUCCAUCUACGACUUCGAUGGCAGCGGUAAAAUCGAUGCCUUCAACCUCGGUGAUGUUGUGAGGGCGCUCAACUCCAACCCCACACUCGCCACAAUUGAGAAACUCGGCGGCACCAAGAAGAAGGGCGAAAAGCAGCUUUCGCUCGAAGAGUUCCUUCCCAUCUACAGUCAAAUCAAGAAAGACAAAGACCAAGGCUGCUACGAAGACUUCUUGGAAUGUCUGAAGUUGUACGACAAGAAUGAGAAUGGCCUCAUGCUCGGCGCUGAGCUCACACACACCCUCCUUGCGUUAGGAGAGAAACUGGAAGACAAAGAAGUCGAGGAAGUCGUAAAGGACUGCAUGGACCCUGAAGAUGACGACGGCAUGAUUCCCUACGCACCUUUCCUGCGAAAAAUGUGCGACGGCUGGGGCGCUAAGCCGGCUGCGCCCGCGGAGGGUGAAGCCGCGGAGGCAUAAACGUAGCGCGGUGAUGAGCGCGCGUCGGCCGCGGCAGCAUACGGCCGCCGCCGGCGACGCCCAUCGCCACGCUGUCAUGCCUGCCGCUCGCUGCCACCAACAUCACCCCCGGCCUUGAACAUCCCGUAUACAUCAUCUAAAUACGGACUACCCCCUUUUUAUACGUCACACCAGCAAUGCCAAUUAUUUUGUACAACCUACAAUCUAUGACUGUACAUACUAAAGUAAGAUUUAAUUAAAUUACUGUAAACACACGUUGUACGUGUUUUUAAAUUUAUUAUUAUUUAUUAAGUACAUUUAUAAUGACAAAAAUACAAAAAACCGUAAAUUAUUUUAUAAUAAACUGUUAAAAUCA